AUGGGGGUCGGUGGGUGCUUAGCCCUGCCCUGGAGGUGCCUAGUCGUCCUCUGUCUCAGGCUGCUCUUCCUUGUGCCCGCAGGAGUGCCCGUGCGCAGCGGAGAUGCCACCUUCCCCAAAGCUAUGGACAACGUGACUGUGCGGCAAGGGGAGAGCGCCACGCUCAGGUGCUCCGUGGAUAACCGAGUCACCCGAGUGGCCUGGCUGAACCGCAGCAGCAUCCUCUAUGCCGGCAAUGACAAGUGGUGCUUGGACCCUCGGGUGGUGCUCUUGGCCAACACCAAAACCCAGUACAGCAUCCAGAUCCAAGAUGUGGACGUGUACGAUGAGGGCCCCUACACUUGCUCCGUGCAGACAGACAAUCACCCCAAGACAUCGCGUGUCCAUCUCAUCGUGCAAGUGUCUCCGAAAAUCACCGAGAUCUCUUCUGACAUCUCCAUCAACGAGGGCGGCAAUGUCAGCCUCACCUGCAUAGCCACGGGCAGGCCAGAUCCAACAAUCACCUGGAGACACAUCUCGCCCAAAGCCGUGGGCUUCAUCAGCGAGGACGAGUACCUGGAGAUCACGGGCAUCACACGGGAGCAGUCGGGGGAGUACGAGUGCAGCGCCUCCAAUGACGUGGCAGCGCCCGUCGUCCAGCGAGUCAAAGUCACCGUCAACUCUCCGUUUUUUUCCACCACCUCCUCCUCAGCUGUCUCCAUCAACCUGGGUUUUCCGCCCAUGCUGCAUGGGGUUGGCACAGGGUCGCACAUGGUUCCCGAGAGUCGUGGGGCUCUGAUCCUUGGAGAAGCCUGCGCUAGGCUGCGGCGUGGGGUCUCCAUCUGCCCAAAGCCCCCUGGGCUGGCUGAAGGACAGAAAGGACUGAAAGUGGAGAACAAAGCCUUCGUCUCCAAACUGACUUUCUUCAACGUCUCCGAGCAGGACUACGGCAACUACACCUGCGUAGCCUCCAACCAGCUAGGAAACACCAACGCCAGCAUGAUCCUCUACGAAGAGACAACUACCGCUCUGACACCCUGGAAAGGCCCCGGCGCAGUGCACGAUGGGAACAAUGGCGCGUGGCGGCGGGGGCCGGCGACGCGGCGGCGGCGAUGCCCACGGCCAGCGAGUGCGAGCAGAAAGGAGAGGAAGAAGAAGAAGAAGAAGUGUUCACUGUUUCCGAAAAUAAUCAUAAGAAUUGAGAGAGUAUCCGGCCAGGCCACCUAG